UCUUUUUGCUAGUCAAGGGUGCUCCGACGCAUCCGCUGUUUGGGGUAGACUUAAGUCUGCAGCUUGUUUUCUUCCUCUCAAUGCUUUACUGAAGAAGGUAAAAAACUUCCAUUAGAGAGAGAUAGAGAGAAAGGUUCGAAACAUGCCAAAAAGUUGUCGAUCCUGUGCAUGUGAGCGCGUUCCCAAAAUUCUGUUAACAACAGCUGUAUGCAUCCUCUGACUGCCAAAAUCUCUUCAGAGUAUUCCUUCUGACGAGAGAGAUGGAGAGAGAGAGCUACCAACACUAUUAAAACAUCGGAAACAAUAUUGCUGUACAUGUGAACGUGACAAACGACAAGAGUUCUUCUAUAAACUGCAUCAGUUUGGUCUUAUGAGAAAUGGCUACUGUGGAGGAUCUUGCAGUCUCCGCUGUCAUAAACAUUCUGAGUGCUUUCGCGUUCUUGGUCGCGUUUGCUCUGCUCAGAAUCCAACCCAUCAAUGAUAGAGUUUACUUCUCCAAAUGGUACCUCAAUGGGGCAAGGAAGAGCACCGCAAGGUCAGGGAACAUUGUCAGAAAAUUCGUCAACCUCGAUAUCAUGACAUAUUUGAAGUUCUUGAAUUGGAUGCCUGAAGCGCUUAAGAUGAGCGAGGAGCAGAUUAUCGAGCAUGCCGGCGUCGACUCUGCGGCUUACCUCAGAAUUUAUCUACUUGGGUUGAAGAUAUUUGUGCCAAUGGCCUUCCUUGCCAUUUUAAUCCUUGUUCCAGUCAAUCUGUCUGGUACGACUCUUGCAACCCUUUCUUACCUGAGAAAAGAUAUAAUUUAUAACAGCAUCGAUAAGCUGUCAAUAUCAAAUGUUACUUCUGGAUCUCAAAGGUUUUGGUUUCAUCUAUUUAUGGCUUAUUUGUUCACAAUGUGGACUUGCUUCCUGCUCUAUAAGGAAUAUGAUGCAAUUGUACGCAUGAGGUUAAAGUUUUUGGCUUCACAAAGUCGCUGUGUCGAUCAAUUCACUGUAAUUGUUAGGAAUGUACCAUCUGCUUCUGGGCGCUCAGUAUCAGAAAAUGUGGAGCAAUUUUUUCGGACCAAUCACCCUAAUAAUUAUCUUACUCACCAGGUGGUUUAUAAUGGAAAUAAGUUUGCAAAGCUUGUGAGGAGAAAGGAAAGGCUUCAGAAUUGGCUAGACUACUAUCAGCUUAAGUUCGAAAGGCAUCCAGAUGCACGGCCGACUGCAAAGAUGGGUUUUCUUGGUCUUUGUGGUAAAAAAGUUGACGCUAUUAACUUCUAUAAGCGAAGGGUUGAACAACUUGAGAAGAAGAUAAUCACUGAGCGUCAGAGAAUUCUAAUGGAUGCAAAGGCUAUUAUGCCCGUUGCUUUUGUUUCAUUUGAUUCACGAUGGGGUGCUGCUGUUUGUGCUCAGACACAACAAAGCAAGAAUCCUACAAUCUGGUUAACUGGCUGGGCACCUGAGCCACGUGAUGUGUACUGGCAGAAUCUGGCCAUUCCAUUUGUUUCUUUGAGCAUACGAAAGCUUGUCAUAGGAGUAUCUGUAUUUGCAUUAAUAUUUUUUUAUAUGAUACCUAUAGCUUUUGUGCAAUCGCUUGCCAAUCUUGAUGGUUUGGAAAAAGUUGCUCCCUUUCUCAGGCCAGUGAUUGAAUUGAAGGUGAUUAAAUCUUUCCUUCAGGGUUUUCUUCCUGGACUUGCACUAAAGAUCUUCUUAUAUUUUCUUCCUGCAAUCUUGUUGAUUAUGUCUAAAGUUGAAGGAUAUAUAGCAUUGUCAAAGCUAGAGAGAAAAGCAGCAGCUAAGUACUAUUACUUCAUGCUGGUGAAUGUCUUUUUGGGAAGCAUAAUCACUGGCACAGCUUUUCAACAGCUUCAUUCAUUUAUACAUCAACCACCCACCGAGAUCCCCAAAACAAUUGGCGUGUCAAUUCCAAUGAAGGCAACAUUUUUCAUGACAUACAUAAUGGUUGACGGUUGGGCUGGUAUUGCUAGUGAGAUCCUUCGAUUGAAAGCACUGGUCAUAUACCAUCUGAAAAAUAUGUUCCUAGUGAAAACUGAGAGAGAUAGAGAGCAUGCGAUGGAUCCAGGAAGCAUUGGGGUCCCAGAGAACCUUCCAAAACUUCAGCUAUAUUUCCUUCUUGGGCUUGUGUAUGCAGUCGUUUCUCCUCUUCUUCUGCCCUUUAUCAUCAUUUUCUUCGGCUUUGCAUUCCUCGUUUACCGUCAUCAGAUUAUCAACGUUUAUGAUCAAGAAUAUGAGAGUGCAGCUGCAUUCUGGCCACAUGUUCACGGCCGCAUAAUCGCAAGCUUGAUAAUUUCGCACUUCCUUCUGCUUGGCCUUCUAAGCACAAAGAAAGCAGCUGAUUCAACUCCCUUGCUUAUCGUUCUUCCUGUGCUGACAUUCUGGUUCCACAAAUACUGCAAACACAGAUUUGAACCGGCAUUCCGUAGGUACCCACUUGAGGAAGCCAUGGCUAAAGACAUGGCUGAGCGAGAAGCAGAGCCUGAUUUAAACCUAAAGGCCUACUUAGCUGAUGCUUACUUGCACCCGGUGUUCCGUGCUAUCGAGGAUAUAGAGAUGGGACAAGUUAGAGAAGCGGAAGAAGAGAGAGAGGGGGGAGAAAUGAGAUCUGACAAGAACGAAUGUCAUGCAGAAUCGCCAGCCACAAGCGAACUCAGCUCUCCUUCUCCACCACGUUAUGUGUACCACUAUGACAUUGAAUCCUCUUACCCAACAAGCUACACUCAAUCCUAUUAUACAACAGGCUAUGCAUGAAAUCCUGAUCUUGUACUCACCCUUUAGUUCUCUUGCCUCCAUAUCUUCAUAAAUUCCUCUGUUGACUCAUAGAAGGGGCUCCGGCCCCCAAUUAAUGUGAUUCCGGUCUCCUUUCAACAGAAA